UUGAGAUAACGAAUGACACGGUGAAGCCAUGCAAAAAGUACGUCAGAGCCAUCUCAGAGUUUCCCAUCCCACAAAACCUAACGGACGUAAGAUCUUGGUUCGGGUUAGUGAUCGUACGCAUUCAGCAUGACUGUCUCCCCUUCAGAGACCUACUCAAAGCCAACAACAAAUUCCAGUGGGACGAUACACUCCAACAGGCGUGACAAUCAUCGUAGAGAUCCACAACGGGGUGACCAUAUUUGACAAAACUAAACCAACAUGUCUUGCUACCGAUUGGUCAAAAAAUGGCAUUGGCUACUGGUUGUUCCAAAAACACUGUUCCUGCCCCUCAAACGACCUCUUCUGCUGCACAACCGGUUGGAAGAUAACCCUAGUGGGCAGCAGAUUCACGCACGCAGCCGAAUCCAGAUAUGACCCAAUUGAAGGUGAAGCACUGGCAGUCGCAGAUGCCCUUGACAAAUCACGACACUUCGUCCUGGGCUGCAACAACCUAACCAUUGCCGUAGACCACAGACCACUAUUGAAGAUAUUCGGAGACAGGUCCCUAGACCAAAUCAGUAACACCAGAUUGAGAAAUCUCAAAGAAAAGACCCUGCGAUAUCGGUUCAAAAUGGCUCACAUCCCUGGCGUCAAAAACAGGGCCCCAGAUACACUCUCAAGACACCCCACAGGAGACCAAAAUCCACCCAAAAUGGUCCUUCACGAUGACAUUCACGGCAUACAAGAUGGCACCACUGCCCCUACCCUGCACAUCCCAACACAACUAAUGGCUGGCAUAUGCACAGAGGACCAGCUGCACUCCAAAGAGGUGGAAAACGAACUUCAAGAAUCCUUCAUAUCCUCCCUACACUUGACACACACAGUCAACUGGGAAAAAGUCCAAAUCGCUACAUCCUCCGACGAACACAUGCUGCUCCUCCUCUCUAUCAUAGAAGAUGGCAUCCCUGAACAAAGACACCAACUACCAGCUGAAAUCAGAGAAUACCACCAAUUCAGAAAACACCUCUACAGUACAGACGGUGUCGUCAUCUACAAGGAUAGAAUUGUCAUCCCACCUUCACUCAGACCAGUGUGUCUGUCUGCCUUACAUGCAGCCCAUCAGGGGACAUCAGCCAUGACAUCGAAGGCAGAAGCCUCAAUCUUCUGGCCUGGAAUCACAAGCGACAUUCAAGCCACCAGGCAAUAGGAUGGCCCCAUCACAAGCGGCAUUACGACCAACGUCACCAAUGCUUUCAGUCUACCCCUUCCAAUGCAUAUGUGCAGACUACUUCCAUUACCAAGGCUGCAAUUACAUUGUAAUUAUCGAUCAAUACUCCAACUGGCCCAUUGUGGAAAGGGCCAAGGAUGGAGCCACAGGACUCAUCAACGUCCUACGACACACGUUCGCCACAUAUGGCAUACCAGACGAACUCUCUUCUGAUGGCGGACCGGAAUUCAUUGCCCACACCACCAGGCAAUUCCUGCACACCUGGGGAGUCCACCACCGCCUGAGCUCCGUCGCAUACCCACACAGUAACUGUAGAGCUGAAGUAGGAGUCAAAACCAUCAAGAGGCUAAUCACUGGUAAUGUUGGAAAAGAUGGUGCGAUCACUAUUGAUGCAUUCCAGCAGGCCAUACUUCAAUACAGGAACACACCCGACCCCGCCACAAAGCUCUCCCCAGCCAUGUGCAUCUUUGGAAGGCCAACGAAGGAUCUCAUCCCAAUCUUACCCGGAAAAUAUCGCCCACAAUCCACUUGGAGGGAUACUCUCAAUCUUAGGGAAGAGGCCCUUAGAAAGCGGCAUCUGAUACAACAGGAAAAAUGGAGCGAGCAUACCAAACCCCUGACCCCAUUACGUGUAGGAGACACCGUCAGGAUCCAAAACCAAACAGGCCACCAUCCAACCAAAUGGGAUCGUACUGGCAUUGUCAUAGAAGUGCGCCAAUUCCACCAAUACCUAAUUCGCAUUGAUGGAUCAGGCCUCAGGAACAGAAAGUUCGUGCGGAAAAUAACACCGGUUCAUCAGCCAGCAAUUCAACGCUCCAUCCUAGAUGACCUCGCCCAUGUACCUUUCAGCACUACCACACCACCCACUCAACCCCCUUCUCCAUCAUCAGACAAGACUCCGCCUGGGACAGCAGAGGACCGUGUCACACCAGCGGAUCCCAACCCACCUGCAGAUCCCACUCCACCACCUGCAGCUGAACCCCCUCCACCACUCAGCCCCAUUCCACUCCCCGCCCCUUUAAGACGAUCCACGAGAGUGAUGAAACCUCGUACAUGGAAAGCCUUUAAGUCCCCCUGGUUAAAGUCUUGGGAGGAGAUAGAGAACAUUGACUUUAUAGAUAGGUAGUAUUUACCUUAUUUAAUCAGUGGUACUAAUCAUUGAUUUACGUGAAUAUCUAAUUCUGACUGAGUUUACAAUACGUGAGCAAAUAGGAUUACUCCUUAUUAUUUAUAUAUGACGUAUAAAUCUAUAAUAAUUGUUAUGGUUAGGGUUAGGGUUAGGGUUUACAGUGUAAAAGUUUAUUGCAGCACUAGUCUGCACCGUACCCGCACCCAGACCCAUGAAUGUGUUACAUUGUACCAUACCAAGAGUAGCUUGAUUGUGCUUACUCUGUCAUACAUAAUUAUACAGAUUCUGUGGUUAGGAGAAAAUAAUGUUGAUAGCGUACAGAAAUGUCAUGCUACAUAACUUAACAUGAUAACCGUUUCUUUCCCAUGACUCUACAGUUGCUAUAGAUCGGUAUCAUGCAUGCACAUACAAUCUUGUGAUUAACCGUAACCAAUUAAUAUACAGACGUGCUCAGCGAGUAUGGCAGUCUAAAUGGCAGUCAAUCUGGAAGUCGCUACAGGACUGUGAUUGUGAGAAGUACAAUCAUAAUAAUCAAGGAUGUCCAGUGAGAAAUACUCUCUCUUAGAUGGUGUCAUGUAAAAUACAGAGGAGAGCAACUUUGCAGUGUAAAGAUUAAACUGCAAGAUUGUGGUGGUCACUGAUGUCCUUGGAGGGGAUGAACAGUAAGUAUUGUAUUACACGAUUUUAUUGAUAAAUGGUUUGUGGUACUACAAUUGUGGCUGUUGGCACACUGAGAUGGUAUAUGACAUCAUGUAUUGCUAUUAUUAUGGUUUUUAACACUGGUUUUGUGGUUCAUGCGCAAUGCUUUUUCACGAUGAAAGAUGUAAAGAGUACUACAGCAUUCGUCCAGGCUCUCAAUGAAUCCAUGGAGUCUGGUUCUCUCAUGUGCCAACUGUAUAGUGCUGAGCUUAGCAAGCUGUUGAUGAACAUGACAAACAGCUUUUGCAGAGAACAGCUACGCCAAGAGAUUCCAAAAGUACAGUACAUCAAGAAAGCAGCUUUUUGUCUGAGAAAACAGCCUGAUUCUGAUAUAUGGGUCUUGAACGACAAGAUUCAGCUGACCGGAUCUGGGAUUAAGGUGGCUCAAGAAGAAUCUCAAUUCAUUUGGCUGGAAUCGGAAACAGGAAACUGCCUCCAGCAAGUGAUGCCGCCCUUGUUCCAGAGAAGAUGACCGCCCAAAACGCACUAGACAACACUCUUGUGUGCCUCAAGCAGGCUGUUAACAACAACUAUGUGCCUGCAUUCAUGUUGAUUGCUAGUGCAGGAUUGGCCAUGCACUAUGAGACAUCACUGUAUGGAAUGUGUCCCGCUGUGGGACCAAAGAAUACUGGCAAAAGUACAGCUGCUAAAUCUGCUCUCGCCCUGUUAGGCACUCCACAGUUUUUUGUGAGGGAUUUUACGGCCACACAGACGUCAGCACUCAACAGCAGAAAAACAUUUCCCUCAAUUACAUUGGAAAGGUGAAAUCCAUGAUUGACAACUCAUUCAAUGCUGGUGCAAGAUGCACUCACUACCGUUGCAAGGUCUGUGGGAAUAGUCACCAUCAACACGGAUAGACUGCGAGCUCACUGCAGUAAUUUCAAGUGAGUUUAUACUUGUAUUGUAAUAGAGUAUGAAACUUACUGUACAGGGGCAGAUCCAGGAAAAAUGAAACGGGGGGGCUAGUAGAAAGGGGCGAAGCCCCGUACGAAAUUUUUUGCUUUUUACAAUUUGCUCACAAUUUGACCUUUGAACUUUCAUAUGAAUACUGAAUACGAAAAAGUUAAUACAAAAAACUCAACAAAGGAUUGUAUACUGUAGAUGAUACAUGUACAUUCAUGUACUCUUGGUACAUUAAAAUUAAUGACAAUGACUACCGAGAGUGAGAGGAGGUAAGGCUGCUUCCUUGCAACUAGCUGAAACAGUCUGAGAUCUGCUCCAUCCAUGUUGCAGCUCAGCAGCAUGCACAAUAGCCUCCUUCACAAGGCCUAGGAAGAGAGGCCUGGGAUAGACAAGGAGCUGACUCAGCAACAGCAAUAGUUGACCUAUGCACUUUAAAUUAGUAUGUAAGCAGGGUUUCAUACAGGAUUUUUUGCUAGGGGGGGGAAACCUGCCGACCUUUGGUCGGCAGUUUUCGGUCGGCACAACGUAGGGGGAUCCGGGGGCAUCCUCCCCUGGGAAAAUUUGAAAAAACGGUGCUCUGUGGUGCAUUCUGGUAGAUUUUAGUGGGCAUUUGCUGGUGUUUACUACUCAGAGUCUCUCACCUGUAAAAACCACUUUACACCUACACAGACACCUAAUUUACAUGUACACUUAGACCUUGAACUCACCAUGUGCUAGCUGACUGAACAGAACCAGAUGGAUAUUAGAGGCUUUUUCUCAAGGAAAAGACAUGGUGAAAGUAGUUCUGACUAUCCAGCUACUACUGAUUCAGAAGAUCAAACUGCAAGUGAGCCUGAAGUCACUCCCAGCAGAAAAAAGGCCUGUCUUUCUCAAGCUGAAAAGAAGAAGGCAUAUAAGGCUAGUCUAUCGUAUAGAAAGGAUUAGGAAAAGGAGUUCCUGUGGGUAACAUGUGAAAACCCAGAAAAUGGAAUGUUUUGUGUGGUUUGUAAAGAGUGGGGCAAACCUCCUGUUUCAGCUAGAGGGGCAUGGACAACAAGGGGGAUAACUGAUUGGAACCAUGCUAAGGAUCAGUUAAAGAAGCAUGCAGGAUCCCAGUGGCACAAAGAUGCUUUGUUUACCAGUACGCUUGCAAGACAAGCUGAGGGGAACAGUAGAAAGAAGAAUAGAGCAGUGCUUUUGAAGCUGCUUCGAUCUGUGUACUUUCUAGCUAAAAAUCGCAUCCCUCACACCACUGUGUUUCCUAAUUUGAUCGAUUUGCAAGUCAAAAACGGCGACGAUUUGCUUGAAUGGCACUUGAAGGAAAAUGCCAAAAAUGCUCAGUACACAUCAAAGUUUGGUGUUGGCAUACUUCUUGAUGCCAUUGACACGUGGCUUGAAAAGAAGCUACUUUUGUGCCUCAAGGACAGUCUCGAUCCUAGCAGAUGAAUGCCAGGACACUGCAUCUCAGGAAGAGCUUUCCAUUUGCUUUCGAAUGAUAGUGAAGGGGCGCCCUGAAGAGCAUUUUCUGACAGUUGUACACGUUAGGGCUACAGAUGCCCAGGCAAUUACAGAUGCUCUUACCAUGUACAUGCAAGACAAGGCACUUGACUAUCGAAAACUAGUUGGUCAAGGGUACGAUGGAGCAGCUACUUUUUCUGGGGUGAACUCAGGAGUGCAAAGGAGAAUGAGAGUUCAUACUCCUCACGCUCUUUUCAUACAUUGUUCCUGCAUACUCCUCACGCUCUUUUCAUACAUUGUUCCUGCCAUAGACUACAACUAGCCUCUAUUCAAGUUAAGCGAAUGUUUGGCACAAUGACAAGUUUGUGGAAACUAUUUCACUACUCCCCAAAAAAAGCUGAAAGACUGAAGCAUGUUCAGUCUGUGCUGAGCUUACCUGAACUCAAAAUCGUCAAGCCAAGCGAUACACGUUGGCUCUCUCACAAAAGGUGUAUUCGAGCCAUCGUUAAAGAAUUGUCAGCACUGAUAGUCACUCUGAAUUAUAUCUAUGAUGAAUGUGGAGAUGCUGAAGCAUACGGCCUGUGUUUGGCACUGAGCUUUCUAAGGAAAUUCAAGCACUGCGCACAAGAACAGAGGAAGUCCCUACCUUGCUUGAAAUCUGAAAUGGAAUCCCAAAGUGGCUACAAAGAUUUAUUCCCAGAGACUUUAACUUUAAAGACUUUAAAAAUUGACAUCUUGCUUUCUCUCCCAGUUGGCACAGCUUCUGUUGAGCGCUCUUUUAGUCAAAUGAAACUGAUUAAGACCAGACUUAGAAGCAGAUUGAAUGACUCUAAUUUGGCUCGGCUCAUGAGAAUUGCUAUUGAGGGACCACAACUAGAAGAUGUUAAUUUUUGUGAAAUUCUGGACAUUUUUAAAGAAAAGAAUCAUAGAAUUCAAUUUUAGUUUAUUGUGUAAACUAAUGAUUUUAUUACAUCAUAAGUUGGGGAAUUGUCAGGGGGGGAAAUCCCGGGGUUCUGUAUGAAACCCUGGUAAGUCUAGCUAGCUAUUAGCCUAGAUCCUUUAUACUCUUAGUAUAGUAGACCUGGCUGUUGUCUAGCAUCAGUGAGUCUACAUGCAGAUGCAUAAGUAACAAGGGAGAGCAGCUUCAUCCCCUUUGAACCAGCUACCAUAGCUUCAGAAGCACUCAAGGGGUCUGAUGAUGCUGUGUCUCUGUUCAUUUCCUUGGGAAAGAAAUUUGAAACUAUACGACUGUAUCCAGAGGUAGAAGCAGAAACAGAAUUGGCGGAUCAAGUAUUAACCGAGACGGGGGUGUGGACAAGAAACUGUCAGAUGUGUUUGCUGAGGAGCGAAUACGCAAGACGUACACCAUUCUGCUCUCCUUUACACUCAUGCUUGCAGAUAUGACUAAAAAGGGGCCUAGCAUGCUGAGAUUUGGGA